GUUUUUGGUAUAAUUCGGUUAACCCCAAAAAAGAGUUGUCGAGUAUAUUGCGCUCCCGGCAUCGAUAGCCAAAUUCAGACGUUGAGCUUGAUACAUAACUGUCACCUUGCGGGACAAUGUUCGAUGAAACUUCUAGACGAAACUUACAAGUGUCUACUUCUUUCGCCAAUCAAGCCUAAGUGGAGAUUGAUAAAAUUGCAGUCGCUUCGUGAAUGUCAAUUCCUAGAAAAUUCCUUGAAAGAAGGGGCUUCAUUUUAGCCACGACGGUGAGUGAGUAGUCGAAGUUGAGAUAGUCAAAUAAGCGAAGGGUAGGGAAAUCAACAAGAAGCCAAAAAGUUCAGCUCUUGCUAUUGAAAUCGUCACAGAAGAUAGAUAGGAUUACACAGCACCAUUGGGACUCGCCAUACACAGCAGGAGCGUUUUGGGACAGCUUUCAAUCUUCUUGAUCAGACAUCUUUAAUUAUUUAGUACCACGCCAAUCGAAAGGGUUUUUGCUCUGUCCACCAUUGCUACCUUCCCCUGGCACACUUAUGGAUGAAAUUCUGGUAGGACUCAAAAGUCUACUCAUCUUUCAAAGCAAAUACCUGGCGGUUAAAUAAAGCUGAUUGCUAUUUGAAACAGCUUCAUCAGUACUUGACUGAUUGAUACCCAACUUAGCAUGGAUUGGCUGAAAUUGAGUGGUGGUAUCCCAUCUUUGUCUCUCAUUCCAUUAGGAAUUCUCCACAAUAACAAAUAUUACAUCAGUGAUGAUUGUUUGCUUCACCUUGAGGAAAUUGUUGAAAAACUCAACUGCGAAGACCCAACUACUCGUCCACUUCGGUGUGCCCUCGGCUUCAUGGACAUUCUAAAUAAGGAUCUGAUCCCUAUCCUGAUCAACAGUAAGGAUCAACCCAGCGUCUUUUGUUCUACAAUCAAGUUGUUGGUUGGUCUAACGGUCCCCGUCGAAUGUCUCGUCUGCGUGGAUACUUCCAACCAGAGCCCGACUUCCCAGCACAUCGUUCACGAGCUAACCCAACUUCUUUACAAUGCUAAAGAAGCUUUCCUUGAUCCCAGGGCCACUCGAGCCGUUAUCGAUCAUCUUCAUCGUCUUUUAGAGAAGCAACCGUUGUCGAGUGACGACAGCGAGUCGGUAAAUCACUCGCUGCUUCUCAUUCGGAACAUCCUUCACGCUCCCGAACGACCCCCAAACAUGACUGAGGUCGGCGAUAAUGAAGCUGCAAUAGCUUCGGCUCAACCGGGCUCCAACAAUUCGCAGACGCCGUAUCUCGGCCCGCACUCUCACAGCCACGGUUUUACAGCCGACUGUUCACAGCAGAAUCGCCUAUUGUGGAACCUUUUUUCGCAAGGACUCGAUCGACUUCUCAUCAACUUGUUGGCCUCUUCUCAGAAGAACGAGUGGGUGGUGACGAUCGUGCAGCUUAUCGCUCUCUUCUACAAAGAUCAGCACGUGGAGAACAUGCAGAAAUUGCUGGGCACGUGGAUCAAUCCUACCACGUCCGAAUCAUCCGAAGACGAUGACGAAAGCAACACAUCGCCUCCCAUCGGCCCGUGCAACAGCCCCCAGAUCCUGACUUCUUCCUCCGAUCCGACAUCCGAUUCGUCCGACUCGGCGCAGAGGAAAGCUUCCGCUCUAGCUCCUCAAGAUGAAAACUCCGAGGCAAAUCAAAACGAAUCACAAACAGAAACUAUGACGACAAUUGAAAAGAAGGCGGUUGUAACAAAUACUGCUUCCACUACGUCGCCAGGAGCAACGACUCAAGUGGCUACUGGAAAGUCAAGUCGUAGUAAAGGUCACAAAUUUUCGACCGUUUCUGGAGCACCGGGAGGAGACACUGCUAGCACAUCCAGCACUGCUCCUUCUCAAUACAGUAGCCAGUCGGACAAAUCGCGACGGUCCAGUCAGCACAGCGUAUCCAGUGGCUUCCACUCGGAGAAUUCUGGAAAUCAACAUCCCAGUCAUCACGCCAAGGAUUCUGAUGAUCACAAAGAAAAAUCUUCCAAGCGACGUUGUCACGGCAACUCUCAGAAUUCUGAACGAAGAAAUGAAACCGUUAUUCCGACUACAAUUCAAACUCCCGUCAUAAUUAAGGAAGAAAUUCUUUCAACUAGUUUUAGUGGAACGCCGACUGUAACUCUCCAGCAAACGGAGGAUACAAACAAUAAAAGAAGUAAUAAAGUUACUCACAAAACGGGAAAAGUUCAGCCUCCAGAGAAGGAACAGCGCAGAAAGAAAUUGAGUAAACGCAGUCGAACGAUGGGUCACAUCAAGAUGAAGGCCGUUCAGUACACUCCGACCGAGGAAGACAUUUCACAACUUUUGAAAGAAUUCACCGUUGACUUUCUCCUCAACGGUUACAACGCAUUGGUGGGCGAACUGCACCAGCAACUGCUGCAACAGGACGACCUUCCAUUGGACAAAUCGCACUUUCUCUGGCUCAUAACCUACUUCCUACGCUUUGCGUCCCAACUGGAGUUGGAUAUGGAACACUUUAAAGAUGUCUUCACUAUUGAUCUUUUAUGCUACCUGACUUGGGAGGCUGUCCGGGAGACGGAGGAAUUCGAAAUGAAUUCAUUGCGGCCUUCAAUCGACCUGAAACCUUGUCUGAGGCGCCUACAUCUGGGCGUCACCGCUAUUCGCGAAUAUCUUCAAGCGUUGGAAACGUAUUCGCGUCUUGGCAGUUCACAGAAUGCCGCUGGGAAUGGAUCGUCCCAAGGCUACGAAGAACGAAUUUGUCAGCUACGUGGUUACCUGCCGGCGAUACGUGAUCUCCGUCAACUUUUCCUGCUCCAACUUCGUCAUUUCAAUCCAAUUAUUCAGAGUCGUCGUUAUCUCCGUGACGUCAUCACAGCCAAUCACGUCCUUUUGCUGACGCUCGAGCGAGCCGCCCAGCAGUCGACGUACGGGCCGAGCUUUGAUUUGCGGGAUCAUUUGCAUCAAUUCUGCUCCAAGACGAUACUCACUCGAUACGGAACCGCCCUCGAGGAUUUCAAAACCAACGGCCCUUUUGUCAACGACUGCAUUCUGACUGUAUUGCAUCAUAUCGGAGCUGAUCUUGGACGAGCUGAUCUCUUGUGCGAACCGGUUAUUUUGCGUUCCUUCAGCAAAAUCUGGGAGGAAGAAUUCAAUAUGUGUGACGAUUGGGACGACCUUAUCGAAUAUGUUGUGCAGAAAUUUUUGCGCAAUUUUCAGACCGGCGGCUGUUACGAUGUUGGGUCACCACAGAGGAGCGUGAGUGGAUCGCCGGAUCAAAUGGGUGGUUCGCCAGCUACCGACACUGAAGCCCAACAACAGUUUGACGCUCAGGCAUCUCCAGCAGGAGACGAUGAUCCAUUUUUCGAUGCUCCUCGCACCGAUAUUGAAUCACUCAGGGGAUUCCAAAAACAGCUCGACUGGAUUCAGUCUUCCUUAUUGGUUUCCUGCUCUGCUCGUUUGGGCACCUACAAUGGCCAAGAAUUCCGUAAUCCGAUCGCCAGUCUCAGUCGCAAAAUGAAGGUGUCAUGUCCGAUCAUUCCAUGGACGGAAGUCGAAGCAUCUGCCCUGCGCUCGGAUCUCUUCCUCUUCCUGCUUCAUCGCUUGGGCCUUCUUCCGCCCAUCCCUCAUGCCGGACUAUAUCCUCGUAUCCCCCCGGAAUGGUCUACGGAUACUAUAUACAGCGUCGCUCUCUCGUUUGGCCCCAUCGAUCAGCAGAAAGUCGAUUUCGAUUUGUCACUCGUCAGCAAAGUCGAGUUACCCAUUCCCAGCUCGCUCGCAGAGAUGCCUGCAGAUGGAUCCCUACCACUGACUUGGCAACCUUAUUUGGGUCCGGGGCCGUCCACAUCGCUGUCGGCGGUCCCCCAUCAUUGGCUGCAUUGGGUUGAACAAUCAGGAUCUUUGUUCCGAUCAGCAGAAAUCACAAGUCACGGACACAAUAGUAGCCACAGCAUCAGUAAUCACAGUCAUCGACCGCUCGAUAGCAUCAGCACGACUAGUUCGUUGGAAGUCCACAAAACGGACUCGAGCGAUGACGAAGAAAUGGAAGAUGCCGUAUUAAAUGCGUGUACCGGUAGUGGAAUGGGCAAUAUGACAGAAGGUGAACCAGUUUCGUCAAACGAAUCUGUUUCCAUGGAAGAAGUCCGUCCUGACUGGGCAGCGAUGCAAAUGAACACAGGUGGAGGUGGAGACUCUAGUAGCAAUGAAGAAAUGGCAGCGAUUGGAAGUGAAAUUUCCUUGUCCCGUGAUGGCCGGGAUGUUUAAUUAAAUUAAAUGUCUUUCCUCAUUCAUCUAUCCAGUUUUCCUUAGAAACAAUUAAGUUUUGGUAUUGAAUUCUAUUUGAUCGAACAAAGUUUGAUCAAACUGCAGUUCAACGUUUCAACGUCCGUUUAUUAUUUUCGUUCUUUGAACAAUUCAACGAUAACUUUUAUGACAGCUCAGUUCAUUAUUUGAUUUGAUGAUUUCAGUUUUUACUUUUUUUACCGUUCACUUUAUUUUUUAACAGUCUUUUAUUUUUGAGUUUUCUUUUUUGGUUGGUAACGGACCUCAAUCUAGAGUAGAACAGUAUUUGGAAAAACCCUCCACUUGCUUAAGAAUUUUAUUGCUGUGUCAAAUAUUAUAUCUACACGUCAAUGUUCGACGAGUUAAGGUUUGAGCAUGUUGCAGGCCAUUGUGAUUUAUCCCAUAUUUUAAAAGAUUUAAGUAAUAUUUCAUGAUGGACAAACUUUAAGCCACACGCAAGUAGAUAACAUAUAUAAUCCCAGUAUAUUCAUUACGGCGGACACCAGUGUUUCGUGGCCUACGCGAUAGUGACCUGAUUGUUUCUCUCUGUGAUUAAGGGAUGAACGACAAACGUCACGUUCGUUGAUACGCCAUCAUUUAUUCAAAUCGUUCGUCGGAUUAUGUGUUAAUAUAAUCAUGUAUAGUCAUCAUAAAGAAUAAACGUGUGUCAUAUCAGAAA